AGCGAUCGAAAUCACACGGAGGAAUCUGCUUUUAAAUCGCUCUCGCGAAACUUUGACGUCACCCGCCUUUCGGUUCUUGCCGCGCCCUAUUAAGUCAAACGAGCCUUAUUUCUGAUCAAUUAAGAUGCAUUAAUCUCAGCUGUUCGUCUGAUUAAAGCGCCACGUCACGAAUUCAGCUGGUUUGCUCUGCAGUCAUGUGUGAGUUUGUAUUGCAGAGUGUUGCAUUUUGGGGGAUCUUACUGCUCUUAAAAGCUGAAUGUGUUCUGGCUGCUGUGGGUUCUGAGAAGGUUCCUCUGCACUGCAGGUUCGGUUUGAAACCCUGUAAGGACGGAUCUGACUGUGUUCCUUACAGUCAUCUAUGUGAUGGUGAAGAUGACUGUUCUGAUGGCUCGGAUGAAGAUGAAUGUGAUUCAUUCUGCAGCAUAGGUCAGUUUCAGUGUGCACAUGGUAAGAAGUGUAUUGAACAAAAGCAGGUGUGUGAUGGAGUGGCUCAAUGUCAAGAUCGCUCUGAUGAAGUCAACUGCCUCAAGCAGGACGAGAGCUGUGAUCAACGCUGUGACAAUAACCGUUGUAUCCCAAAAUCCUUUAUAUGUGAUGGAGAAAGGGACUGUGUGGAUGGCAGCGAUGAAGACGGCUGUUAUGAUAACCAUGAUGAUGAUGAUGAUGAUGCUGAAGAUGACAGAAGUACAGAGGAGGAACCGACAGAUGAGUCUGAUGGUUCGGAGAAAGCCAAUGUAACCAAAACCCCUCUGCGUUGUUCCUACGGUUCGAAGUUGUGUCGAGAUGGGAUGGACUGUUUUCUCUAUAAUCACUUGUGUGAUGGAGAAGAGGAUUGCGCGGAUGGAUCGGACGAGGACGAAUGCUCGGACGAGUGUGAAUCCGGUCAGUUUCAGUGUGCACAUGGUAAGAAGUGUAUCGAGCGAAGGCAGGUGUGCGAUGGUGUGGCUCAAUGUCAGGAUCGCUCGGAUGAAGUCAACUGCUUCAAGCAGGAUGAGAGCUGUGAUCAUCGCUGUGACAACAACCGAUGUAUCCCAGAAUCCUUUCUCUGCGAUGGAGAAAAAGACUGUGCCGACGGCAGCGAUGAAGACAGCUGUGGUGUGGAGAGCUGCAGCGCUGCAGAAUGGAAAUGCAAUAGUGGUCACUGUGUCUCUGUCAGUAUGCGAUGUGAUGGUCAUCCAGACUGCAGAGAUCAUUCGGACGAAGAGAACUGUGCAGAACCUCCACCCUGCAGCACACAACGCCGCUGUCCACACAGUCAAGAGUGUCUGCUGGAUGAGUGGAUGUGUGACGGAGAAACAGACUGUAAAGAUGGCACAGAUGAAAAGAACUGUACAGAUUCUCCAGUACAGUGUGGAGAUUUCCAGUGGUCCUGCUCCUCUAAGACUCAGUGUAUACCACAGGACUGGCGAUGUGACGGAUCUGACGACUGUAAGGAUGGAAGUGAUGAGUCCGACUGUCCACCUGCGUCCUGUCCUCCUCAUCUGUUUCAGUGUGGAAGUUCUGAAUGUGUGGAUUUGUCUCAGCUUUGUAACGGAGUUAAUAACUGUCUGGACGGUUCGGAUGAGGGCGGAUCCUGUCAGACGGAUAAAUGUUCAGAUAAGUUCAAGUGUGCACAGGAUUGUCACGUCACACCCACAGGCCCGCAAUGUUGGUGUAGGAUCGGCUAUAAGCCUGUUGAUGGCGCCCUGUCGUGUGUUGAUGUCGAUGAAUGUGCGAGCAAUCCAGCCGCCUGUUCACACUACUGUAACAACACUGAAGGCUCAUUCAAGUGCUCUUGUAGUCACGGUUACGUUCUUGAACCUGACGGUCGUAGCUGUAAAAUCACAGGCGAGCCGUACCUUCUGGCUUCGGUGCAGUCUGAGGUCUUCCUGCUGGGUCUGAGGAGCUCAAGUCUGAAUGUUCUUCUGUCCUCCGAAAAGCGGUUUGUGGUCUCGCUCGACUUCGACUGGGGGAACCAAAGAGUCUACUGGACCAACCUCAACACCGACAGUAUCAAAUGGAUGUCGCUGGAUCAGAAGAGCAGAGGAACCAUUGUUAAAGGUAUGAAUGCAGACACCCUGGCAGUGGAUUGGGUGGCCAGAAACCUAUACUGGGUCGAUGGUGUAAACAGCCAGAUAAACGCAGUGGCAUUGGACACCAAUGCCACCAGAAGCUUCGAUCGCAUGGUGGUGAUUCUGGAUCGAGAUCUUGGCCAGCUUCGGUCUCUAGCUCUGCUCCCUCAGAAAGGUCUGAUGUUCUGGUCAGAAACAGGGGAUGAGGCUCAGAUCGAAUGUGCUGGAAUGGAUGGAUCAGAUAGACGAGUGUUGAUCAAACGCUCUCUUCGAUGGCCGGUCAGUUUGACUGUGGAUUCCCUGCGUAACAGAAUCUACUGGACGGAUGAGAAACUCAAGUGCAUUGGAUCGGCCAAUCUGGAUGGACGAGAUAUUAAGCUCCUGCAGCUGAUGGAGACGCCCAGUCCAUUUUCUGUGUCUGUAUUUAAUGACAUGGUGUACUGGUCUGAUACCAAAAGAGGAACCAUACAGAGUGCUCACAAAACCAGUGGCAAAAAGCACCAAGUCCUGCUUAAGCGGCCUGGGCAGCCGUUUGGUUUAAAAGUCAUUCACCCGCUGUUACAGGUGAGCGUUUCAAACCCCUGUCUGAACAAACGCUGCUCUCAUCUGUGCGUGUUGGCACCCGAGCAGAUGAGCGCCUGUAAGUGUCCGUCUCCGCUCCUUCUGGAUGAAGAUGGAAUCACGUGCUCAAAACCCAAAGACUCGUCCUUCAUACUGUUUCUAUCUCCCUCUGCUAUCAGACAGGUCUUUGUGCAGCACAGACCCAGCAGUACAGGCCUUCAGAAGUGGCCUGAACAUCGCCAGUUUCACCUCCUAACCAGGCUCAAGCCAACCGCGUUUGACUUAUUUUUGCGAGAUCUUACCUUGUACGUGUCCGUUGCUAAUGCCGUUGAGCUGUUUAAAAUGAAAGACGUCGCGCUGGCGCCUCGUGGAAAACGUCUUCAGCUAUAUAAAGACUCGAUCAGUGCGUUUGCAGUGGACUGGAUCACAUUAAAUCUGUACUGGAGCAGCACAAGGCUGCCAGGCCUGCAGGUCACGUCACCAGACGCUCACACCAGCGUGUUAAUCCAUGAUGCCGUCACUGGGAUUGAAUCGAUCACAUUGCACCCGCCAAGCGGACGGCUCUGCUUUUUAAACAAACACAAGGAUGGUGAAGUAAAUACGGUUGAGUGCGCAUACAUGAAUGGACAGAACAGAAGUGUGGUGUGGAGGAAGUCACUAAAGCCAACUUCACUGCUGCUAACUGAUGAUGGGAAUAAACUCUUCUGGGCUGACACUGGUCUUGGUGUUAUUGCUUCAGUUGGCAUUGAUGGUUUGGGAUACAAGGAAAUAAAAACAGAAGGAGGAUUAACAGCAUUUGGCUUGGUUAACAAAGUCCCUGUUUGGGUUACUAAAACAGAUAAUUCCAGUAAGUGCUGGUUCAGUGAUGAACAGGAGACCAGUAAGCUGUGGUUUGAAGUGAAAACUGAGAUAGUCGCUCUAAAAGCACUGACCAAAUCGAUCCAAAAAGACACUAAUCUCUGUUCAAAUGGUAAUGGAGGAUGCAGUCACAUCUGUCUAGCGUUUCCAGGAGGAAUGACCUGUCAUUGCGGCCACGGCCACCGUCUGGUUAAUGGUACAGACUGUGUCCUGGAUCCUCGAUGUCCUGAAGGCACCAAACCUUGCUUGAGUAAAGACAUCUGUCUACCACUGAAUCAGUUCUGCAACGGAGUCGCUGAAUGUCCGGAUCAUUCUGAUGAGCACUGUCUCCAAGAUAAGAAGGUUGGACUCAGUCCUAAAGCGUUUCGUCCAGGCCUGAGUGAAGACAUAAUACCGGAGAAUGUGGAUGCAGAGACGUGCAACGUUAAACUUUGUAACGGGAACGGAAAAUGUGUGAGCCGGGAUGGAGCGACGGUGUGUGUUUGUGAUGGGGGUUAUAGUGGAGAACGCUGUCAGGAUUUGUUGGGUGGUCUUGCACAGGGACCGGUUAUGUACGGUGUAAUCGGGCUGUGUGUUGCUGUAGUCGUACUGGGUAUUACCAUUGGGAUCAUUCAGAAGAAAAGGACCAGAAAUCGAAGGGAAGGAUCACAGGCAGUGGUCGAGCAGGAAACGUGCUUAAAGGAACUACAAGGAAGAUCAGAGGUGACUUCAGGAAAACGAAGUGGGAAAGAGACUGAAUUUUCAGAGGAGAAUGUAACAUCUGUGGAUUAGCUUCACCAUCCUGGCUGUAUAAUUUUGGUCUCUAUGAAAUAAAAUAAUUGCAUUUUGAAAAUGUAAAUUCACAGUCUCUCCUGUUAGCUCUGUCUAUAAUCUCUGAAUUUCAUAUGUUAACUUUCCUAAAGAUUUUUUUCAGUCAUUUAUAAAAUCUUUCUUUUUCAUGUCUAGAGGCAAAAUUGCUAAAAGAUGAAAUUUACAGUAAGAUUGUGAUUGAUAUUUUCU